AUGAACAAUCAAAAUACAGAAUAAAUGAAUUUAUAAACAAACCUUAUUUCUUUAGAAUAACAAAACAUAGAGACUAAAGAUAAUAUUGAAGAACAUUAAAAAACCACAACUCAAAAAUUACCAUCAAAAUAAUCAGCAUAAUUAGAUGAAUGGAUAUUAAUAUUUUAAGAUGAUUUUUUUAAGAUUAUACUUAAAUCAUUUCAUUAAUAAUUAUUCCUACGGCUUUACACUCAAAUAUUCAUUAAAGAUCUGGAUAUAUAAAUAUAUCUUUUGAACUUUAUUAUGAGUAGUUUAGAUAAUUUCUGCUUUUUUUCAUUUUUAGGAGAAAUGAAAAAUUCUUAACAACUUAAUAAACUAGUUAGAAAAGAUGAUGAGGUAUUUUAUUUUUUUGAUUUGUUUGAAAAAAAAUAAAAAAGCAAUGAAAAUAAUAUCAUUCUUGAAUAUCAAAUCAAUCUUUAAAUACCCUAAAUGUAAUUGAAAAAUAUUAUAGAAAAUGCUAAGUAAAAGAUAGUUUUAAUUAAGAAUUUAUUGACUAUAUAUAUUGCGAAAAUUAAGAGUAUUAAAAAGGAUGAAAAUAAUAUUUAGUUUCAAAAAAUUAUAUCAGAUUUCAUUAAAGAACUUGAAAAAAUAUGA